CUCCGCCGUCAACUGCUCUGAGCGCCUGCUGAGGCCGAGGGAGACGUCGGGGCCUGCACCUGGAGGGAGCCUGCCGCGCUGGCCCCGAGGAGGGGGCGUUGCCAUGGCGACAGCCUCUCCCGCUGCUGACGGGGGGCGGGGGCGGCCCUGGGAAGGAGGGCUGGUUUCCUGGCCCCCUGCCCCUCCUCUUACGCUUCCCUGGACUUGGAUGGGCCCGAGUUGGGGGCAACACCCCGGGCAUUGGGGCUUUCCAGCUCUCACAGAACCUUCAGCAUCUCCAGCUGCAAGUCUUGGCAUCUUCGAAGUAAGAAGAGUUUUAGAUGCUUCUGGAUGUUCAAUGCUAGCACCUUUACAGACUGGAGCAGCUCGAUUUUCUUCGUAUUUACUUUCAAGAGCAAGAAAAGUGCUGGGUUCCCACUUAUUUUCUCCCUGUGGUGUUCCGGAGUUCUGCUCCAUAUCCACCAGAAAGCUGGCGGCCCACGGCUUUGGCGCAUCCAUGGCGGCAAUGGUGUCCUUCCCUCCCCAGAGGUAUCACUACUUUUUAGUGCUGGACUUUGAGGCCACGUGUGACAAGCCACAGAUUCAUCCUCAGGAAAUCAUUGAAUUCCCCAUCCUGAAGUUAAAUGGCCGGACCAUGGAGAUUGAGUCUACCUUUCACAUGUAUGUCCAACCUGUAGUCCAUCCGCAGCUUACCCCCUUCUGUACAGAGCUCACCGGGAUUAUUCAAGCCAUGGUGGAUGGUCAGCCAAGCCUGCAGCAAGUGCUGGAGAGGGUCGAUGAGUGGAUGGCGAAGGAAGGCCUCUUAGAUCCAAACGUCAAGUCAAUUUUUGUCACCUGUGGAGACUGGGACUUAAAAGUCAUGCUCCCCGGCCAGUGCCAGUAUCUGGGCUUGCCAGUGGCAGAUUACUUUAAGCAGUGGAUUAACCUGAAAAAGGCUUACAGCUUCGCCAUGGGCUGCUGGCCCAAGAACGGACUUCUAGACAUGAACAAGGGUCUCAGCCUGCAGCACAUAGGCCGGCCCCACAGCGGCAUUGAUGACUGCAAGAACAUCGCCAACAUCAUGAAGACACUCGCAUAUCGAGGCUUCAUCUUCAAGCAGACAUCGAAGCCUUUCUGAUUGGUGAAGACAGGAUAGGGCAGGACAGGGUAGCAGCUUGGCCCAGCCCAGAAUCAUCCUCUCCCUCUGCAGAGGGGAAGAGGGCGAGUGGCACAGCUCUGCGUCCAGAGUGUCCCCAGCUGCCCUGUGGGCAUAUGCCCUGGGCAAGGGCUUGGCCACUUGGCCCUUGGAGCAGACACUUGUACCCCCUCCCUACCCCUCAGUCUCAGCCCCUUCCAUUGUGGGCCCCGGGCUAGGGGGACCCAGGCGCUCACCACCUCCUCCCUGUACACAGGCGUCUGCUGGGGCCAAGCCCCUGUGCCCCCUCCCAUCCAUAGUGCAUGGUGUGUGGUGCCCUCAGGGCUCCGGACAGAUCAGGCCCUUCCUUGUGUCUACCCCCAUCCCCGCUGUGAACGUGCCACUGAAUAAAGUUGGGGAAACAAG